GCUGCUGACUACACCUGCCGACCUGGUGCUGCAGAUGCGCGGGGCGCUCGAGCUGAGCACCUCCCCCUCCUCCCCGUGGUUGAUGUGGAGCGUGGGAGGCGUGGGCCGUCCAAGGGCGUCGCACACCUCGCCUUUAGCCUCUAACCUGACAGAUGCGGGUAGCAGGAGCAGCGUGGGCAGGGACCUGCUGCUGAUGUUCUUACCAGGUUCGGCCUCGCUGUACUACGGCGACGAGAUCGACGUCUCCGUGCCCUCGCACUUGCAGUCGCUGGAUUGGGCGGGCAUUAUGGCGUGGUCUGGCAGCAACGAAGCAGGGUUCAGCAGCCACCCCCCGUGGCUGGCGCUGGGCGGCCUCCACAAGUCCUACAACGUCGAGGCGUUGCGUCUGUCGUCCAUCGCGUCCGUGUCCGCCCUCGCCGCCCACAAGCGCACUGAGCCUCCGCUGUACAUCAACGGGCUGUUCAACUUCGAAGGCGACUACCAUCCUACGCACGCCAGUAAUUUAAAGGUGAGAUACGUGGACGAUGACUUGCUCAUCUUGGAGCGCUUCUACCCUCGACGUCGCCAGUACCUCGUGGUGGCAAACCUGGGCCACAACGCAGUGACGCGGGACUUGUCCCACUACUACUACGGGGGUGAGGUCGUCGCUUCGUCCCACAACAACUCGGGCUACAUCGAGUUCAGGAACCUGCAGCUCGAGCCCAGUGAAGUUCUUGUGUGCGUCCUGGACAAGUAAUGCUAUCACUCGUUGGUACCUUCAACACUCGGGGCAGUGCAGUGGAUGUUUGAAGGAGUUGUGAAAGCUAUGAAAAUUUUGGUAUGUCUCCUACAGCAUGGUCGUGGUGUCUUUAAGAUAAUCUCCAGAUACUAAUUUAUCCUAGUCGGGAGUGUCCUAUCUGAGAAAGAUGGUUUGAAGUCGUGUCAAGAGAUGUGAGUUUUUAGGGCGUUAAUUUUGUUAGGUUUCUGCAGUCGCCUCAUAAUCUUCAUGGUGGUGUCUGCUUAACAUGUCUAGUCAAUUCUCAGUCGUUGAUCACAAUGUAGCGAUCAAUCGAACAUUUUCCUAGUGUUUAGUUUGACAGAAUAGAAUUCAGCUCAUCAAAGAUGCUAGUCAAUAGCGUGUGGGAUUCGGCCAUAGUUCCGUGAAAACGAAGUUGCCGUUUUUUAUGUAGUUAUGGGAGCUAGUCAGGUGCAGUUUGCUUUAUUUUCCCUCCGAGUAAACCUUCGUUGACGAAGGUAUUUAAGUUAAGAUAUAAGUUGAACUUAUCGCCAUUUGCCGAUAAAUACAAAUAAAGGGUUUCACCCGGACUAAUAAAACCUUUACGUCAAAGAAAUAACGUUUAUUUCUAAGUUUGAGGCAGUUUUUGCAGAUCUGAAAUAACAUACGAUAUUUAUAGCUACCUGGAAUGUGAUACUGUCAAGUCUUCAAACAAAUGUAGACGAUUUAUUAAUAGCAGCUCUUAGACCACUAAUAUAACAUUAAGUGUAGAUUUACUCGUUAUUUGUUCAAAGUUGUUACUAACAUUGUUUUCUUCACCCUUAAUGCGGUUAUUCUAUCUAAAGAACAGAUAUGCGUACACAUCCACCCUUCAUUAGUCGUAAUUAAUCUCGACAGUAGGAGGGCAUGUGUUCAUUAUUAUCUAGUCUAAUCGUUGCUAGUCAUUAAACUUAAAAUGCUAUUGUAAACCCUUGAAUUAACCAAGUAUUAAUUUGGCAUGGAUUCUCAAGACUCAUAGCUUUUAAUAAAAAUUUAAUGCAAGUUCACUUGUCAAAUUACAAAUUCGUGUGUGAAGGUGUUAGAAAUUUCCAUUGAAAAAUUCGGCAUGGAAAUUUACAGGCUUCAUUGCAGUCACAAAUUAUAUUUUACUUCAGAAACCUAAGGUUAUCGUCACUCGUGGUCAACUUCCUUACCGGAAAUGUUAACAAUUCGUAUUAAAUUUUGGAUCGAUUUUCGUCGAUAAUUUUUAUUGAUUUAGCCGUUUAGCGAUUUAGCCGAGACCGUUUUGAAUGUUAGUUUUUACUUGUUGAUAUGCUGAACAAUUAUUUCUGACGAAUGCCAGUGUAAUAAAUCUUCUGCAUUGC